AUGCAACGAUUGUAUGAUUCUCUCUGGAAAUUACCUAUUCAAACACCAUCUGAUAUAGACACCCACCAAUACCUUUUUGAGUUAUUAAAUAUUUUAACAUUAAAAUUAUUGGAAAUACAUGUUCCACCUCAUAGAAAUUCAAGACUAUCUAAAUGUCGUUGUGCUUUAUGUAGGUAUCAACAACUUUGUGAAGUACUUACUCAACCACCAUUCCCUCAUGAGCUAACUCUCCCAAGAAGAACACCAAAUUUUGCUUUAAAAUAUCUUCCUAAAUGUAUUUAUUCAUUAAACAUAUCACACACUCUUUUAACACAAUUUUUAAUACCAAAAAGAUUUGAUUGUCUUGUUGCGUUAAAUGUUUCUGCAACAUCUAUUGCAACAAAUUGUAUUGAUGAUAUAGCAGCAUUACCACAUUUAAAGAAUCUUAAUGUUAGUGAAUGUAGACUUAAAGAUUCAAUUAUAACCCAAUUAAAAGAUGUUCCAUUAGAUACACUGAUAUGUACAAAUAAUAAUUUAACAAAUAACACAUUAAUUCAACUUCAAAACACACCAUUAGGAAAUGCUUUAAAAUAUUUUGAUAUUUCAAAUAAUCAAAUUAAGUCAAGUUCAUUAAAUACAAUCUUAAAAUAUCCCGAACUUGUCAUUUUUAUUGUUAAGGGAACUCAAAUAGAUCAACGUUCUUUAAAAGCAUUUGUCUCACGUCAUGAACAAUUUAAAUAUAAUGGAAUGCAAUUAGAACGUAUUGGUAGAAAAUUUAAUCAAAAACAAUUUGAUUCUAUUAAUGAACAAUGGGGACUAAAACAUUUUUGUGAGGCUUUGUGUGUUGUUGGGUGUACAUCAUUUAACCAAGAACAAACAAAUGCUAAAACAUCAACAGAGAGUAUCAUAUUUACUGCACAAUAA